UGGAGUGAUAGUGCGACGAGCGGAGGCUGGAAUAUUAUAAUCAAUGCGUAUUCUGCAAGCGAUGUCGAAUUGACUUAAAUUGGUUCAACGAGAUCAAAUUUGUGUCAGUCUUGUGUGAUAGCAACACCCCGCACAGAGUUAUUCCAGUUGCUGGAGCUCUCCAGACGUGCUCUUCUCUAGAAUCGCAUCUUCAGUUAUCGGAAAAGUAUCUACCGGGCGAGUGGUCCAUUUUUCGCCACUGAUAUCGCCAAUGAUCGUGACUGUGAGUUACUGAGUGUGUUGCUUGUGAUGAGAUCUAUUGAGUGGCGAUACAGUGACAGUGGCUCCUACGGCGAUGGGUGCAAAUUGGGUGUAAACAGGGCCACAGGACGUCUGCAAUGGUGCCCAGGAAGCAGAUGCAUUAGAUUUCUCGUACUCAUUCCUGCCACUCUGCUCUCCGUCAUACUGAUAUGUGUCCUCUUGACCCAUUUUGACAUGCCCAAGGGCGUCUCGCACAACUCCCACAACUUCAUUUCCAUCACCACUAAUCCGCAGUCUAAUGGGCAAUUGCUUGAAAGUCAAGGAUCGCAGAAAAAGUGUCAUAUGGUCCGCUUUAGGGUCCAUGAAACCCUCGACAUUGGCGAGAAUGAUUUGCUGAAAGACAUCCGAACAUCUUUUAUUCCUUCUGAAUCAGUUAUUGUGCCUUCAAAGUGUCUCGAGGAUGAGGGAAGUGCCAAUGAUGAUGGGGAGGAACAUAACCCCGAUGCCACAGAUUCUAUUGAUGAAGUUGACGUCACCAUUCACACUAAAGACAAUGCGCAAAUCAGUUUAUACCAAAGAUUUAAGAGGAACAUCAAUGAUACUCUCAAAGAGACUGAGCAAAAUCUCAUCUCUAUGGACAAGGAAACAAAUAAAACCUCUCAGGAUUUGGAUAAAUCUUCUAUUGGCGAUUUCAAUUCCUUCUGGCAAGAAAUUAAUGCCAGUCCAGCGAAAAUCAGAGAAAAUCAGGCUCAAAUGAUGCGACAGUACAUGGACAUGAAUGCUGAUCCUUGUGAAGAUUUCUAUCAGUACGCUUGUGGUAAUUGGGAAAAGAUGAAUCCUAUCCCUAAAGACAAAUCUGUUUAUGAUACAUUUGAAAAAUUAAGGGAGAGUCUGGAUUCUGUCCUUAGAGAACUCCUAGAGGCCCCAGUAGAACAUCUCACGGAAAAACCAACUGACGCAAUAACACUUGAACCCACGGUCGUCCUAGACAACAAUCAGGACCUCGAUGCUGAAGCUAGAAGCACUGGAGUACGAAAAAAACGUCACCAUUUUAACUAUUUCGAAGAUGCAGGAGAUGAAGCUGAGAUCAAGGCUAAGCAACUUUAUGGAUCUUGCAUGAAUCACGAUUUAUUAAUGGAAAAGGGAAUUACUCCUCUACUAGAACUUCUCGAAAAUCUCGGUGGGUGGCCAGCAUUGGAUCCUCAGUGGAAUGAGACCAACUUUGAUUGGCUUGACCUCAGUGCUCAUCUCAGACUCUACAAUAAUGACCUUCUCAUCAUGGAAUGGGUGGGACCUGAUAUAAAGAAUUCUAAUGAAAAUAUUGUCCAAUUUGAUCAAACAAGCCUAGGAUUGCCCACAAGAGAUUACUUCAUAUUAGAAGCAAAUUCUGUUUACCUCGAAGCUUAUAGGGAAUACAUGUCGAAGAUUAUAGAACUUCUUGGCGCCAAUAAUGAUUCAGCUCAGAAAUCAUCUUCUGAAAUAGUUUCCUUUGAGAUUCAGCUGGCCAAAAUCACGAUGGCUUCUGAAAAACGGCAAAACAUUUCACUUUUAUAUCGGAGAAUGAAUAUCUCAGAACUAAUGGAAUCGAUACCUGGCAUUGACUUCAAGCGCUACCUGACAAUCGUACUGGAGCGCGAGGUGGGCGAGAACGAGACAGUUGUGAUGUACGCCUUGGAUUACAUGAAGCAGCUUGUGCAGCUCCUCAGCGAGACACAGCCACGGACAAUCUCCAAUUAUUUAAUCUGGAGAUUUGCCAAGCAUCGUACCGGCAAUUUGGAUGAUCGCUUUCAAGAGGUAAAGCAAAAAUUCUACUUUGCUCUGUACGGUCGAGAGCAAUCACCUCCGCGGUGGAAAAACUGUGUCACCCAAGUCAAUACCAUUAUGGGCAUGGCUUUGGGAGCAAUGUUCGUGAGAAGAUACUUCGAUGAGAAUAGCAAGGAAGACACUCUCCUUAUGACACAGGAGCUCCAAGAGAGCUUCCGAGAAAUCAUCAAUGAGACCGACUGGAUGGACUUGCCGACGAAGCACCUGGCAGAGGCCAAAGUGGACGCCAUGUCCCUCAAAAUUGGCUAUCCAGACUACAUUCUCUCACGUUCAGAACUCAAUGCUAAAUAUAUCGACAUGAAAAUAGAUCCACACAAUUACUUUGGAAACUCCCUAAAUGUUCUCAAGCACCUCACAAGGACGGAACACGCAAAAUUGGGGCAGCCAGUAAAUAAAACAGCAUGGAAUACGGCGCCGGCUAUCGUGAAUGCAUACUACAGCCGCAACAAGAAUCAAAUCAUGUUUCCAGCGGGAAUCCUUCAGCCGCCCUUCUACCACAAGCACUUCCCUCGCGCCCUUAAUUAUGGCGGAAUUGGCGUGGUUAUCGGGCACGAAGUUACACAUGGAUUUGAUGAUCGAGGACGAUUGUUCGACAAGAACGGAAACCUUUUCAGGUGGUGGAGUGAAACAGCCAUCAAUAACUUUCAGCAGAGGACCAAUUGUUUAAUAGCGCAGUAUGGAAAUUACACAGUAUCUGAGGUGGGAAUUCCUGUGGAUGGCACAAACACACAAGGGGAAAAUAUUGCGGACAACGGAGGGAUGAAACAAGCGUUCAGAGCAUAUAAGAAAUGGUUGGGCAGACCAGAGAUGACCUCUGAUGAGCUGGAAGACGAAACACUACCUGGAUUUGGAAAUUACACGAAUAUUCAGCUCUUCUUUCUUAACUUUGCCCAGGUUUGGUGUGGAGCGAUGAGAAAAGCCGCAGUUGAGGUCAAACUGAAAACGGCCGUUCACAGUCCUGGAAAAUUCCGUGUCAUCGGCACUCUAUCCAACUCCAAAGACUUUCAGGUAGCCUUCAAUUGUUCAGCAACAUCUCCUAUGAACCGUGCCCAGAAGUGCAAUGUCUGGUGAUCGCCAAAGAAGCUGGAGAGCUCUCAAUGUACGUCCCACUGUGAUUGUAUUAAUUUGUGUAUCUAUGAAUGUACGAAAGGAUUGAGAUAUAAAUGACAAAGUUUAUUAGAA